AUGUGUCAAGCAGGAUAUCAACGAAAAAGCAAAGCAAAAAAAAGAAAACUUUUGCAAGAACAUCAAAAGGUAAUAAAAUAUGAUUCACCUGAUUAUCCACCUCUUUUGAUUCAGUAUUCUGAUUUACAUAAACAUAUACAUGAAACAGUAAAAACUCAUCACCACCUAGCAAUUAUUGCAAAUGUAUCUGUUUUACUAGAUGAAAGGAAUAAACAUAUUGAUAAAUAUUAUUAUCUUGCAUUCAGAAAAGGAGCAAAACAAUUUGCAACUUUAUUUUCAACUUAUUCUGUUAUUGUUUUUCAGGAUGAUAAAGCCAAGAUUCCUCUUGGUAUUCCUGCAGUUAGAAGAACUUUUCAAACUAUAUAA